AUGGAAUUUGUUUCAAAACUUAAGAGUGAGGGAUUCACAUUAGAAUCCUGGCACUCACUUGCUUUGCACUUAUACAACACUGGAAAAUUUGAGAAAUGUGAAACUCUUUUACAAGAAUGCAUUGAAGAGUAUGAACUUUUGGAUCAAAAACUUAGUCAGAACCAGCCAUUAAACGAAAAAUCUGAAUUGUCUAUCAAUCUUCUCAAAAGUGCUCUGCAAACAAUUGGAAUGUUGACCAUGCUCGAACUUAACUUAGCCUUGGACUGCUUUGAGACUAAUUUCAGAAGAUCAGAGUCUAUUCUAAGAAAAUCAGAAGAGAGGCUUAAACAGUUUAUGAAGCUCUACAGUCAAAAUUAUGACUCUUGUAAUGAAUUUCAGUCUAUUCACAAGUACUGGGGUUUUCUAUACUUUUAUAAAAGCACAAUCACAAAUGAAGUUGACCUUUCCCAAAGAAACACUCUACUAGAUCAAGCUGAGAAAGAAUUCAGUCUAUCUCUUGAGUCUAAUACUAAAGAUACUCAAGCCAUAUCUGGUUUAGCAAAUGUUCUCUAUCAAAAGAUGUCCUUUUCCAGAGCUUUAAGACUAUUUUCCACUCUUCUCCUUAUUCUGGGAUCUGAAAAGUGCCCAAACACUGUCAGGCUUGCUAUGGCUUGCUGCUACCUUCGCCUUGGAAACUUUAAAAAGUCUCAAGAAUGUUGUAAAAGGGCAAUUUUUAUUUCCAAGUUUGGCGCCAAAUGUAAAGAGGACACUAAUGCUACUGAUAAUACUGACAAAGAAAAUAUGGAAGCUUUGUUUACUACAAGAAAAGGUCAAGAAGAAGCUGUACUUAACAGGGACUUACUGGAGGAUCCAGCUUUUAUUGAUUCACUAAGCCAGUUCGAAAGACAAACACUUUCUGACCUACUUUUAUGUUUUUCAAAGAGCACUAAUUACAAAGGUUUAAGCUUGAAAGAAGCUUUUGAAAUGGUAGCUAAGAUCUUCCCAAGACACCCAGCUCUUGUUUUGUAUGCAAGUAAUGCUGAGUUCUAUUUGGGCUCUGCUCCCAACAACAACUUUGAGCGAGAAUUACACAACAUCUCAAAAAGAUGUUCAAACUUUUAUUGUUCUCUAGAAGCCCAUUUCCAAAUUGCAAAAAGACUGCAUUUUAGGAAAGAUAUUACAAAUGCUCAUUUUCAUUAUUCUACAGUUAUUGAUACACUCAAGAGUUUUUAUAAAACAGACAAAAGUCUACUGGAUCUCUACUUAUCUUGUCUGUUAGGAGCCAUUAAAACUAGUUGUGGACUCCAAAAAUGGGACAUUGCAACCCGUUAUAUACAGAAGGCAUUUGAUUCAAUGGGUAUUAAGGGGUCAGUUGAGUCCCUUAAAGAUUAUAAACUACCUAUUGAGUACUUAUAUGAAUUUUUAAUACCCACAAUUUCACUAGUUAUUAUGAGUAUUGAAGAUCCCGCAAUGAUUCCAACCACUAUCUCAAUUUUUUCUCAGCUAACUAUUGAAGAAAGACUCCUAAACUGUCUACAUUAUCUAUUUUUUAUAUUGGAUAAGAUGGAUGAAAUUGAUUCAAAGCAGUGUUAUGUUAUCAUUUUCCUUUUACAGAAAAUUACAACUUCUCUUUUAUCUAGAGGAAGGAGGACAAUUAGACGGACAGAUUAUAAUUAUAAAGUCAUUUUCACCCUGAUUUCCAAAUAUACAAACUACUCAGCAUCUCUUAGUCCUCUACCUUUAGUGGUACUCUUAUUUUCCUGUCUUAAGUACCUAACAGUCAAUUGUCACUCCUCCCCUUUAUCAAAUGAGAACCAAAGUAAAUCAAGCAGUGAUAAUCUAAUAAUGAAUGCAAUUUCUUACUUUAAAUAUAAGGAUCUUGUCAAGGAGAACUACGGAAUUUAUCUAAAUAAUUUAGGAGUAUGUAUCAUGGAAUGUGCGACAUCUUUAUCUCCAGAACACUGUUCUCUUGGGAGUAAUGAGUACACAAUGCUAAAUGAUUCACUGAGAAUUUUUGUUCAAAGCAGAGAAUGGUUAACAAAGAGCUCAAUAAGCUCUAACAAAGUUAUCGAAAUCGUUAUCAGGUUUAAUUCUGCUAUUUGUUACGAAUUCAAGGGAUUCUAUGCUAAUGCUAAUGAUGAAUAUAAAAGGCUUACAUCUGAAUUUCCUUGGUUCACCUCUGCCUGGCUCAGAAGAGCUUGUCUUGCACUAGAAAGGAAUGAUUUUCAACUAGCUGCUCAGUACUGUGAGCUUUCUUUAAAUUCAAAAUCACCAGAAAUUGGAUCUUUAAAUUUGGCCUCAAAUUCAGACCCAAGUUCAAGUUCGGUAUAUUCUUGGGCUCCAGGAAUAGGUAAUAACCACGAAUCUGCAAACCUUUUGCUUUCUCAUAUUUACUCUUGCCAAAAGAAACCUGAUAAAAGCUUUAGUGCGUUAAGCAAAGUAAUAAAAUCAAAAAAUGCACACUAUUCUAACAUAGGUAAAGUUUUCCUUGGGUUGGCGCUUUAUAAUAAGGCCAAGUCACAGACCCAGUCAGGCUAUUCUAGUGAAAUGAGCAUGUACAACCCAACAAGUAUCCAAUCUAGACUCGUAUUGUCAGAAGUUCUCAGGCAUGAAACCUUUAAUUACAUUGCCAGUAACUUAAUUCUUAUCCAAGUUGCUGAAUGUGGGUUACUCGAACCAUCUAAAGAUAUGUGGAAAUAUAUGACAGAUAUUUCUAGUGCUAUGGAGGGUGCCGCCUCUUUCAUGCAUUACGUGGCACUAAUUAAUUUGGGUGUAUUGCAUGCAGCCUUACUGGCAGUUUCUACUCAGAGGAACCCGCCACCAGUACAACAUAAUUUGACAUUGAAAUCAAUAGUGGAUGAUAAUAAUGUGGGUGGAAUAGAUAGAAGGAAUGAGGUGUUGGGUUCUCAUCCGCACUUUGCGGAGCAAAAGAGGAUUAUGAAAACUGCAGUGAAGCUUUUUCAGCAAGCUUUACAAUUUGACCCUACAGAAAAGAUUAUUCACAUGUCAUUAAUCAGGUGUUGUUUUGAUAUGAAUAUGUGGGAGGAUGCAAGAAAGUUACUAGAGAAAGCGACUUUGAGAUGGCCAUGUGACUUGACUUUUAAGAUAGGACUUACAUAUUGUUUAGAGAGGCUUGUUUAUUCGGAAAUGGGAGAUAUGGAGAGAGCAAAACAUCCAGGUAGGGUAAAAUACUGGAUGAUGUUAUGUGAAGCAGUUGGAAACUUUUAUCACUGGCUUUCAAUUAUCAAAGAAACUUUUCAAAUUGUUGAUAUGAAGUUUAUCAACCAGAUCAAGAACAAUAAGCUUAAUAUUACUUCACUUCAGAAAUUUGUUCCAGGUAUCGUGAGAUAUAACCAGGAUAAUAAGAUUGUUUUAAACACUGAAAAUAAAGAUGAGUUUAGAUAUAAGUUGUCUGCAAUUCCACUAGAAGGGACUGACCUUCUUCCAAAUAUUGAAUACCUUACAAAGCAGGAGUUAAUAAUGAGUAGGAAGUUGUAUUCCAGAUUUGAGGAGCUUUUGCCUAUAGUUGAGCAAGUUUAUGAGAAGGAACAAAGAGACGUUGAGGAGCUUAGAAUUCGAAGUGAAGAUUUUAGGAAGAAGCAAGAGGAGGAGAGACGAAGAAAGGAAGAGGAAGAGAAGGCCGCUUCUGAGAGGAUUAAACUUCUUUCUAUUGAGCUUGGAAAGGAAGCUGAGAGUAUAGCAGCGAGUUUACCAGAUAUUCAAGUUGAAAAAAGAACCAAGUCUUCUAAACGUGACAGAAGUGAUGGCCUUGAGAGUUUUGAUGGAGACGGAGAUGUGGAUGAUAAUGACAAUAUUGAUGAUGAUGGGUCAGAAGUAAGGAGUGAUUCAGAUUCAUAUUCGGGUUCUAACACACAGUCAGAUACUCAAUCAAAUCUAGACUCUGCUGAAGAUACAGAGGAAAACAAAAGAAAACACGUUUCUAAGUCUCUUAAGCAUAGAGAAAAGAGUAAAAAAAAUAAGAAUAAAGCCAGAUCUGGCAACAUUGUUGGUGAGAGUAUUUUUUCCAAUUCAGGUGGCGAGUCCAAUUUAGAACAAAACGGUUCCAAAAACUCAGAUUCAGAACCGGAAUCACGUCUUUUAGAAUCAAGAUUAAAAAAAAAUAGAAAGAAGAACAAGCAGAAUGAUAUUAAGAAAAGUAAACGAGAAGAAAAGAGAAUACUGAAACUCAAACGUCUAGAAGAACAGACAGCUGCACUUUUGGAGAAUGAGGAUGGGAAGAAUUACAAUGAAAAUGAGAAAGAGGAGAAGGAUGAAAAACAUAUCCAAGAAAACGUCUACAAUGACCCUAUUUACAAUGAGGAAAAUUCUGGCCAAGAGGAGAUUCAAGGUAGAUCCAGGUUGAAAAAGAGGCGUUUCCAAGAUACUGAUGAUACAAAUAAUCAGCUUCAUGAGGAAGACGAAACUGGAAAUACUCUUUGA